CAUUCCAUUGAGAAGAAGGGGGAAAGAUGGCGUCCUCGAAUAAUCCUCGCAAAUUUAGCGAAAAAAUUGCUUUGCAUAAUCAAAAACAGGCGGAAGAGACCGCCGCAUUCGAAGAAGUGAUGAAAGACCUGAAUAUAACCAGAGCUGCGCGGUUGCAGUUACAGAAGACCCAGUAUUUGCAACUAGGGCAGAAUCGUGGACAGUACUAUGGAGGCUCACUACCCAAUGUCAAUCAGAUUGGAAAUGGCAACAUUGACCUGCCUUUUCAGAGCUCAGUAUUGGAUACCAGUCGGACAACCAGACACCACGGACUUGUGGAGCGUGUAUACCGUGACCGGAACCGCAUUACAUCACCUCACCGCCGGCCGCUGUCAGUUGACAAACACGGUCGCCAAAUUGAUAGCUGUCCUUACAGCUCAGUUUACCUCUCCCCACCACCGGACACCAGCUGGAGAAGGACAAAUUCAGAUUCUGCCUUACACCAGAGCGCCAUGAAUCCGAAGCCCCAGGAGGUGUUUUCAGGGGGAUCACAGGAGCUGCAGUCCAAAAGAGUGCUGCUGCUAACAGUACCUGGGACAGAGAAUUCAGAGUCCAAUGCAGACAUGGAUGCACAGAAACAAUUAUGGGAUGACGAGAAGGAUGAUGCAUCAAAACCAAAUACAUGUGAUGUCCCUGGAAUCAAUAUAUUCCCAUCGCCAGACCAGGAGUUAAACCCAUCUGUGCUCCCAGCUGCACACAACACUGGUGGCUCACUACCUGAUCUGACUAACAUCCAGUUCCCUCCUCCGCUCUCUACUCCACUGGACCCAGACGAUACUGUGUCCUUCCCCUCCCUCAGUUCAGCUAACAGCACAGGCAGCCUGACCACCAACCUCACCCACCUGGGCAUCAGUGUGGCCAGCCACGGGAUUCCCACGUCCUCUCAACCUACCAUGACUGUAACGGCACAGCGUCGGCAGCCUCCUGUGGUACCACUCACCCUCACCUCUGACCUUAGUCUCCAACAGUCCCCACAGCAGCUUUCACCCACUCUCUCCUCACCUGUUAAUAUUGUACAGGCUGUGCCAUCAGAGUCAUUGAGCCUGGAACAGCAGCUUGCCCAGUACCCUCUGUUCAAUCAGCUUACAGCUCAAGCCCAGGCUCUGCUCCUCAUUGACCUCCAGAAGCAGCAGGCUUUGCCACAAGGCGUUCAGCUGAUCAGCUUGGCCACUCCAGCCUCCUCUGGUUCAGCCACUGCAAGCAGCCCAUCCCCAGACAGCCAGACCACCGCCAGCAUCAGCGUGAGCUCGUACCGAAAUCAGACUGGCUCACCAGCCACUCAGUCUCCAACCUCCCCAGUCUCCAAUCAAGGCUUCUCCCCCGGAGGUUCGCCUCAACACAUUCCUGUGGUGGGCAGUAUAUUUGGUGACUCGUUUUAUGAUCAGCAGCUGACAUCAAGGCAGACCAACGCCCUUUCUCACCAGCUUGAGCAGUUCAACAUGAUUGAAAGUCCCAUCAGCUCCUCCAACCUUUACAACGCGUGCUCCACCCUCAACUACACACAGGCAGCCAUGAUGGGCCUCACUGGGAGCAGCCUACAGGACUCGCAGCAGCUCAGUUACAGUAGCCAUGGCAACAUCCCCAAUAUCAUCCUAACAGUCACAGGUGAGUCUCCGCCAAGCCUCUCCAAAGAGCUGACCAACUCUCUGGCAGGAGUUGGUGAUGUCAGCUUUGACGCAGACUCUCAGUUUCCUCUGGACGAGUUAAAAAUCGACCCUCUCACCCUGGAUGGACUGCACAUGCUCAAUGAUCCUGACAUGGUGCUCACUGAUCCCGCCACUGAGGACACGUUUAGGAUGGACAGGCUGUAAUGUAAUAUUCAGCCUGUGGUUCAGAACAAUUAACGGAAAAAAAAUAAGAAAAGAAAAUAACACUAACUUGUGAAUGGAGUGAAAUAAAGGGCAGGUUGAAUCCUUUCCCUCGUUGCAUGGCUGUCCAGCUGUCUGACCUCGCCCUUGACUCCGUGAAGCCCUUUGAAGCGAUGCGCCAUCAAAAGACAACGGGGAAAAAAUAAAUACAGUGGCUUGCCGGGGAAUGGCCUUGCUGUUGUUUUGAAUGAGAUUGGUUGCUCAGAGCUUUUGCUAGCCUACUGUGUUUACAGUGUACCAUUACAUGCCACAUAUAUUACAAAAUGCACAUUUUAGAUUUAAUUUUUUCCUUUCAUAUCCACUAUUAAUUUGGUUCUGAUUCACUUAUAGCAGGAGGCUGCUAAGACACUGGGCUGAACCUGUUAUUAUGGCUCUGUCCAAAAAAAAUAAUACAAAUAAAAACAAUAUAGCCAGUUUGUUACCCGCCCCCCCAGUGAACACCGGUUAUCCCAUCAUAGCAUAACGGCUUUCUAUUUCACACUCUAAAGCUUUAUUUUUAAACACGAAAUGUUAUUUUCAUCUUGUAUGUUUUUAUGCUUUAUGUAUUUAAAUAUUUUAUUUAUUUGGUUAAAAGAUUUUAUAUUCCAUUUCAUAACUUCAAUUUGAUGCCAAAAUGUUGUCUGUAGGCAUAGUGUAAAAUUGCACUGAUGUAAUUUGUGUGUAUUUAUUGAUUACUAACAUAUUUAUAUAUGUGUUUGUUAAGCUACUUGGUCAAUGAAGGAGUGUAAAACCUCCCCAUAGUUGCUCUUAGGUGUUAGAUGUGCCAUUCUUUGACAUUGAUGUGCUGCAAACCAACAGUCAAAUUCAAAUCUCAUAGUUUUUAGCGCCACCUCAGAAAAAGUUGCACGCUCCACAAAUGCGUUGGCUUUAUGACUCUGGAAUAAACGUCUUCUAGAGAAAAUCAGGCAUUUUCUAUUAAACCAGAAUGCGAAAUUGAUGAAUUUAUGAGCAGUAAAGAAAAAUAAUCAUAUAGUAUGUGUAUGUAUAUAUAUAUAUAUAUAUAUAUACAUAUACAUAUAUAAAAUAUAUACAUACAUAUGUAUAUGUUUAGUGAAGGAAAAUGUCAAUUUUUUAACCAGAGAAUACUACAAGAAAAAAAAUUUAAUCUUUUUAAGUCGUCACUGUGAAAUCACCUGAUUUUGCCUUACAGUAACAUUCUACUGUUCUACUUAAGUGUCUGAUGUGACAACGUAUUUUCAUAAGUUAUUGUACCAUUUUUUUGUAUUUAAGAGGAGCCUUUGGUCAGUGAUAUUUGUGGUUUUGUUGUGCUACAUUUGACAAAUCAAUGUACUGUAUUUUGUAGCGUUACACUUUAUAGCCAAAUUGUUGUUUUUCAUUGUUUUUUUGUUGUUUUUUAAGUGGGGCAAGAGGGGAAAAAAAAAUCUUAGGAGGAUUUUAAAUAUUUGAGGAGAAGUGCAAUUAUGGGGAGGCUUUUUGCUCCUUGAAGGGGAAUCUCUAACAAAAACUGACCUUUGACCCGGAACUUAUCAGAAACUACAUCCCAUUCAGUGAUAAGAUAACGGUUUAUGGAAGAACACUAUUGAUGGCCCCCAGUAGUUGUUUUUUUUAAUUUAUAUAUAUUUUUUAAAAGAUGCAGUCUCCAGAUUUUGUCAUGGUCUAUGAAAAUGUGUUUUAUUAUAGGUCUUCAUCCAUCUGUACAAGGUACACAAAAGUUAACUAAAGGUUCCCCUAAUGUAGGAAGUAUUGUAUGCAGUGUAUCAACAGCACUAAGAUGUAUUUUGAUCCUUUCAGACUUUUAAGCAACACGAAUGGGGUCAGAAACACUAAAUCUAGAAUCACUGACUAUCUUCUCAAGCCCAACUUUAGACUGACAUAAUUAACAGUAACUUCAAAAUGGUAUUUCAGCUUUUUGUCAGAGUUUCCCUGAGAGGCUUAUGUACGUGUGUGGGAUCAUCUUUGGGAUAUUGUAAUAUUUGUGUGCUCAUCUGCUAAUGUUUUCUCACCUAAAGCGCUCAUGGGAAGACUGUGUAAGACCCCUGAACAAGGAAUCACAUUGGGUUUACCUCUACAGUUGGACAAUUUCUCAGUUGAAGUUUUCAUCGACUGCUGUAAAGCUCCAUCAGCAGUUUUAUUUGCCUUUAACACACCUGUGAUUCCUAUGCAAAUGAGACAAAAAAACAAAAAAAAAACUUUUUAAAGGAAAAAUUCAACACUUUCCACAAGCUCAGCUGGAUUUAUUCUUCUAAAGCAAUUUAACAUUGGAGGUGUUUUUACUGUUAAGACUUACCUGGUACUUCUCAGAGCUACUGAGAUACAUGUGGUCAGCAUGGGCUGCUUUUAUUUCCUUAUACGUGUAAUAAAAGGUUUAAAGCUUAAGAAAUCUUAAAGAUCAACUUUAUUCUGAGUUAUCUUUCUCCACUAUUAGCAUCACAGAGCUCCAAAAAUGUCAAUGAUGGCUCUUUGUAAAAAGAUGUGAUUAUCUGAGAAGAAGGUGGUAAAAGCUGCCGGACUGCAUGUCUUUUCAGAUCGCUGUAGCUCCGCUUUAAUUAAUGUAGACUAAAUGGAUUAUAUGAACGCAGGACGUUGACAGGACAGUGUUGCAGUGGCGAUAUGACAAUCAAUGGAGUGAAUAUGAGCUGGAAAAUGAUGAAUGAGAAAGAUCACCAUAGAGAAACAUAAAUCCAGUUUCUUUUACUUCUAAAUCAUAUUUCUUUGCGAUUUCCAUUCAUAUACAAAACAUGUCUGCCGUCUUUGCAGAGAAUUUCUUCAACCUACUGUUAUAAAUCACCUUAGUUUUUCUACUUUAUAAAAGCACUUUUCCCUCUUAUUCUAAAGGAACUGGCAUCUCGAUCAGUGAUGCAAAAUCAAAUAUACUUUUUUUUUUAUCUGAAGUUUUGUAAAUGUUGAAUUUUUCCUUUAAAUCUCUAAAAUAAGUCUACAGAUUUCCUGUUUUCAGAAGUUUACAUACCUUUGGGGAAAAAGAAAAGGCAACAGUAAACGUAGUCUUUUAGAUUUCACUGUUUUGUUGCCAAUAGCACCAGUGUUAAGAGCUUUUCCUUUCUCUCAUCCAGCUAAACACUGGUCAUUCACACCGACUUUGUACAUACUAUAGCUGAAACAAAAUGCAUGAUGAAACUGACAGUCCAAACCUCGUAAUGAAGGUCUUCUAUAGCUCCACAGGUUUGAUUUGUGUCACAUAACGCUAUCACAAAGUCUAAAGGGAUGCAUGUGUGGGUUUCUGCUGUGCAACAGUGAACUCCUAUUAAGUGACUCUGUUACCUCCAUCUCUGUACGAUGCUACUUCACAGAUGAUAAAAGAAUGUAAUUUCCGUGGCAGUGUCCUAGUUUUAGCCUUUUGACAAAUGAGCCAAUACUCGGAGCGUUUGGUCCCAUCACAGGCGGACCAGUUCUCUCUCCUCCGUGCUCGCCCCUCUGAAGAAUCAGUUUGUUGCUUGUUCCACUCUUAUCUUCCGGCUGUAGCAUCUCUGCAUACGAGUUCGAAACAGUUGAAUCUUGAACGUGGCGUCGAUCCGGCCUCUCCUCUCUUGUCAGCACAAUCUGUUGGCUUUCUUGAUGAAAUGAAAAGUCUUGUCUUGUAAAGUUUGCAAUUGGCACGCACACUGAUUGUUUGCAUUUGUGGACCUUUUGAAGCUUCUGCGUUGACGCAGUCAACUGCAUGACAUGAGACACAUUGAGCAGUCUCUUAUCCCAUGUUAUGUACAGGACUUUGAUCUUGCUAUGCUGAAGCAAAGUGUGUUUUAACUUUUUCUUUUUGCCUAUCAUAUCAAUUCUGCGAUGGGUAGGGUAUAACGUUUUUUUUUCUCCUUUUUUUUUCGUGUGUGUUUUUGUGCAAUGUUUAGUCCAAUAGUUGCUUCGCACUUUAUUUGUGAUUCCCUGACAUUUGAGCAGGGACAGUUCUACCCAAUGUGAAUGCUGCCAGAUAUUUUGAUGUAUGAAAAAAGAUGGAUUCUCUAUUUUCUUUUCAAAAUUUAACAUUUGCUUGUUUGUUGUUUUUUUUUUUGUUUAGUUAAAAAAAAAAGAUUUUUAGAGAUGCAAAAUUAGAAAGGGCUUACUCCAGUGCAGCUUGCGCUCUAAUGUUGGAAAGGAUCAGAGGGAGUCACUUCUAUUGUCCCACCGUCCUGUGUUCCCCGGUAUUAUUUAGCCCUUAAAACAUUUCACAUGGACAUGUUUCUGAGAUUUACAUGGCACAUGAUGGGACAUGUUCCCCAUCUCUGUAUCCUCUUAACAAAAACUGUAAAUGUGGGAAUUCGUCUUGUGGGGUUUUAAAACAUGUCAUGGAAUUUCUUCUGAAUAUCAUACGUCACUUACUUGUACUGUAAGUGUAUUUAAAGUUUUUUUUGUGUAACUUUUUACACUGUUUAUACACAAAAUGGUUAGAGUAGAAAUACAGAGGAGAUCCACACAUCUCAGUGACACCACACACUCUAUUUCAUGACACCAGGGUUUGUUUUUCUGCUCCACAGCACUGGUUGGGGGUUAAUUUGCUCCAGUAAGGAAGUUAGUUGGAUGAUAAUUCCAAAUAUUUUAGUUGUAAUGGGUCCACUUUGAUCCAAAUGCCGUACAACAUUUUACGUGUGUGGAAAUGUUGCUGAACUGGGGAACUUGGGACCUUGGAGACAUAGAUGUGCUCCCGUACAGCUUCGAAUGUAUUUCUUUUAUGGACACCCCCCCCAACAAACAUUGAAGUAUCAGUCUCUCAAAUCUCACACUGAUUGACCUCUGUAGUUAACUGUAGUUUGAAGAAAAACAACUAAAAUGAAGAAGUUUGCAUUAACUACAAACUCUGCUGGUGGCUACUCUCUAGCAGACCCUCGCUUCACAAACGUAGCUGGAGUUCUUAAAUGCAGGUUGCUCCUUUUAUCCAACAACCUUUCCUCGGCUGCCUAAAACCUGCAGAGGAUUUACGAGGAAAAUACGCUGUCAAAAAACGCAUAUUCUAUCGUAGAUGCCGGUCCACAGCUCUGGUGUGCAUUCUCAGAAUUGGGAAUUGAUGAAAGGUGUGUUAAAUGUUUCCAUUAUUGUCACAGGUUUGCUAACAGCAAAUGUAACUCUGGGAAAAUACUUUAUCAGAUUAGGCAGCUAAUAAACAUUUCCUUAAAGUAAGGAGUUGGAAAAAUAGCUUUUAGAGUUUGAAAAAUAACUGAUUUGUGAACCAGAAUUGAAGUUCUAUGUCUUUGCCUGACUGUACGUUGAAAGGUGGAGAGCAAACUUCAGCCGAAGGUCCAUUCUUUUCCAAAUAGAGAUGUUCAGGUCAUCGUGUUAAUGGUUGAGUUUGGACACGUUUGCGCGUGUUUGUUUGAGAUAUCAUCCAUGUAUUUGCAGCCAGUUCAAGUUGUGUUUUAAAAAAAAAAAAAAAAAAAUCAAAACAAAAGCAGUAAAUCUGGAUUUUUGUCUCGGGUUGAAAAAGGAGAAACAGGAGUUUCCUCCGUCCCAGAAUAAGACAAAGGAGUUGCUCCAUCUGUACUGCAGAAGGAUUUAGGUUUCAAGGACAUGUCCCUUUAAUAACACGGGGUUUUUCUUAAUGACUCUGCAUUUCAUUGAAACUUUUAAAAGUCUCUAGAAAUACACAGUUCAAGGUUCACUUUAGGCUUAUAGUGAGAAUAGCAUAUCACUGUUGUCCUGUAAGUUGUAGUAAAAGACCUGUAGUUAUUUAUUUGUUGCCAUGUGAUUCUCUUUAUGUGACCAUUUGUUUAUAAGAUGAACGAAAACUGUUAAUUAAAUUGAAUGUGGAAGACAGAUUUUUCUCUGCACAUAGUCUUGAUUUGCAGAACGUGCUGAUAAAAAGCUGUUCAUUGUCAUUUUACAACAUCACAGCAUGUUGCUGUGAACAUGCAUGACAUUUAAACUGUUGUAUACUGUCUUUGCUUUCAAUUCUAUUUUGUAAUCUGUAUUUCCAAAUGCAAAUUUAAAAGAUUA